AAUCAAAUUGCUUAUUACAGACAAGAUCUAGCCUGCUAUCAACACGGUUUCGAAGAUCAACAAAUCGCAUAAAUAAUAUCUUAAAAUGGCAGCAAACUACAAAAAGACGACGCUGGCAGGUGGUGGUCGCAAGAAGACUGGCCCUAAACCUGAACUAACAGAAGAACAAAAACAAGAAAUACGUGAAGCAUUCGACCUCUUUGAUGCUGAUGGCUCAGGAACAAUUGAUGCAAAGGAGUUGAAGGUUGCUAUGAGGGCAUUAGGAUUUGAACCGAAGCGAGAAGAAAUCAAGAAAAUGAUUUCAGAGAUAGAUAAAGAAGGCACAGGUACCAUUGACUUCAAUGAUUUUCUAUCAAUCAUGACGACCAAGAUGAGUGAGAAAGAUGCCAGGGAAGAAAUCUUGAAGGCAUUUAGAUUAUUUGACGAUGAUGAGACAGGAAAAAUCUCUGCCAAAAAUCUCAGACGAGUCGCAAAGGAGCUCGGUGAAAACUUGACUGAUGAAGAGCUGCAGGAAAUGAUUGAUGAAGCUGACAGAGACCACGACGGAGAAAUCAACCAGGAAGAGUUCCUGCGAAUCAUGAAGAAAACCAGUCUCUAUUGAUCAUACACUGCCCUCCCCCAUUCCCUGUUUGAUAGACAUCUCCCUAACUGAAACCAGCCAACUUCGCUCAUAGGCAAUAGUUUUUAUCGUAAGAGCUAAAGAAUAUUAAACUUCUUUAAAUAAAUAUUACAUGUACAUGUAAAUAACAACAUUCGCAUGUUGUUGUUCCAUGUUUUCAUUAAAAAUAGUAUAGGGUAAAAUUAGCAUAAGCUAAGCUGCAUAUAUAUACCCAUUAUAUUUGCAUCCAUUACCGCUGGGCCCUGUUUGUUUUUUAGUCAGUGACAGUGCAGUAGAAAAAUACACACAAAGUGACAGUUACCAGUGUGCUAAGUAAAAAUCUAUGUAAUUAUUUGAAGUUGACCAAUUUAUUGACAUUCCAUUUUCAAGUUGCAGUUUCAUUUACACUUUAAAUUUUUAACUGUUCCAUUUAAUACAUGAAAUAUAUUUCCAUUUGUUGUUUC